AUGGGAGGCUGUACUUCCAAACCGUCCAGCUCCGGCAGACCUAACCCUUUCUUUCCCGGAAACGAGUAUCCCCAAAUUGACGAUCUUAAUCCCGAAAAUUCACCUUUUCCGACUCCUUCCGCCGGAAAGGCCUCUCCUUUCUUCUCCUUAUUCACGCCGAGCCCUGCUCGCCACCGCCGCAGUAAAAGCCGUGAUGUCGGCGACGGAGGAGGAGGAGGAGAAGGAGAGAGCAAGAGCGUGACCAGCACGCCGCUCCGUCACUUACGGCGUGCCUUUCACCCACAGUCUCCGGCGAAACACAUACGGGCGGCGCUACGGCGGAGGAAGGCGAAAAAGGAGUCUGCUUUAUCGGCGGCGAAUGAGAUUCCGUCGCAGGAGGAGGAAGAGGAACUUGGGCUUGACAAAAGAUUUGGUUUUUCGAAAGAGUUUCACAGUAGAGUAGAACUAGGAGACGAGAUCGGACGAGGGCAUUUUGGGUACACUUGCUCUGCUAAAUUUAGGAAAGGAGAGCUCAAAGGUCAAGUGGUUGCUGUCAAGAUCAUCCCCAAAUCUAAGAUGACAACUUCAAUUGCUAUAGAAGAUGUGAGAAGGGAAGUGGAAAUUCUACAGGCUUUAUCUGGACACAAGAAUCUGGUACAAUUCUACGAUGCAUUUGAGGACAAUGCCAACGUCUACAUCGCAAUGGAACUGUGUGAAGGUGGUACACUUCUUGAAAGAAUACAUGCAAGGAGAGGGAAAUACUCAGAGGAUGAUGCAAAGCAAGUGAUUACACAAAUCCUAAAUGUUGUAGCUUUCUGUCAUCUCCAAGGAGUUGUUCAUCGAGAUCUUAAACCAGAGAACUUCUUGUUCGCUUCCAAGGAGGAGAGUUCUCAGCUUAAAGCCAUAGACUUUGGCUUAUCAGAGUUUGUCAGACCAGAUGAAAGACUCAACGAUAUAGUGGGAAGUGCGUACUACGUAGCGCCUGAAGUGCUGCUCAGGUCAUAUACAACAGACGCGGAUGUAUGGAGCAUUGGAGUCAUAGCAUACAAUCUACUAAGUGCUUCCCGUCCGUUUUGGGCAAGAACAGAGUCUGGAGUUUUCAGAGCGGUUCUUAAAACUGACCCGAGUUUCGACCAAUCUCCUUGGCCUUGCUUGUCCUCUGAAGCUAAAGACUUUGUCAAGCGGUUGUUGUAUAAAGACCCCAGGAGAAGAAUGUCAGCCUCACAAGCCUUGCUGCAUCCUUGGAUCCGAGGUUGUAAUACGGACACGAACAUCCCGUUUGAUGUUCUGAUCUUUAGGCAGAUGAAGGCCUACUUGAGGUCGUCUUCAUUGCGCAAAGCUGCUUUGAGGGCGGUGUCCAAGACGCUAGUCGCAGAUGAAAUUCUUUACUUGAGGACUCAGUUUUAUCUCCUUUCACCGAAUAAAGAUGGAUUCAUCACAUUGGAUAACAUUAGAUUGGCACUUGCAAGCAAUGCAACAAAAGCAGUGAAGGAGUCUCGAAUAAUAGAGUUUCUUACUUUGCUAAAUGGACUUCAAAGAAGAGGAAUGGAUUUCGAAGAGUUUUGUGCAGCUGCUUUAAACGUUCAUCAGCACGAGACGCUUGAUUGUUGGGAACAGAGCAAACUUCAUGCUUAUGAGCUUUUCGACAAGAACGGAAACAGAGCUAAUGUCAUUGAAGAACUCGCCUCUGAACUUGGUGUUGGACCAUCGGUUCUACAUGAUUGGAUAAGACAUUCAGAUGGGAAACUGAGCUUCUACGGGUUUGUUAAACUGUUACAUGGAGUCUCUGUUCGAUCCUCGUUGAAAGCUACACGGUGA